AUGGGGCGCCGCGCCGCCCGCGGUCCCGGCCCGCCCGCGCCGCUGCCGCCGCUGCUGCUGCUGCUGCUGCUGGGAGGCCGCGGCGGCCGCUCGGCGCCCGCGCCCCGCGCCGAGGACCUCAGCCUGGGAGCGGAGUGGCUGAGCAGGUUUGGCUACCUGCCCCCGACGGACUCCACCACCGGCCAGCUGCAGACGCAAGAGGAGCUGUCCAAGGCCAUCACAGCCAUGCAGCAGUUUGGCGGCCUGGAGACCACCGGCAUCCUGGACGAAGCCACCUUGGCACUCAUGAAGACCCCGCGCUGUUCCCUCCCGGACCUGCCCCCUGCGGCCCAGGCUCGACGGAGGCGCCAGGCUCCAGCCCCGACCAAGUGGAACAAGAGAAACCUGUCAUGGAGGGUCCGGACCUUCCCCCGGGACUCACCGCUGGGCCGGGACACGGUGCGGGCGCUCAUGUACUACGCCCUCAAAGUCUGGAGUGACAUCACACCGCUGAACUUCCAUGAGGUGGCGGGCAGUGCCGCCGACAUCCAGAUUGACUUCUCCAAGGCAGACCACAACGACGGCUACCCCUUCGACGGCCCCGGCGGCACCGUGGCCCACGCCUUCUUCCCCGGCGACCACCACACGGCCGGGGACACCCACUUUGAUGACGACGAGGCCUGGACCUUCCGCUCAUCGGAUGCCCAGGGGAUGGACCUGUUUGCAGUGGCUGUCCAUGAGUUUGGCCAUGCCAUUGGGCUGGGCCAUGUCGCCGCCACACGCUCCAUCAUGCGGCCAUACUACCAGGGCCCUGUGGGUGACCCACUGCGCUAUGGGCUCCCCUAUGAGGACAGAGUGCGCGUCUGGCAGCUGUAUGGUGUACGGGAGUCUGUGUCCCCCACAGCGCAACCAGACACCCCCGAGGCAGAGGAGCCGCCCCUACUGCCAGAGCCCCCGGACAAUCGCUCCAGCACCGCGCCCCGGAAAGACGUGCCUCACCGGUGUAGCACCCACUUCGACGCGGUGGCCCAGAUCCGUGGCGAAGCCUUCUUCUUCAAAGGCAAGUACUUCUGGCGGCUGACCCGGGAUCGGCACCUGGUGUCCCUGCAGCCGGCACAGAUGCACCGCUUCUGGCGGGGCCUGCCGCUGCACCUGGACAGCGUGGACGCCGUCUACGAGCGCACCAGCGACCACAAGAUCGUCUUCUUCAAAGGAGACAGAUACUGGGUGUUUAAGGACAAUAACGUGGAGGAAGGAUACCCGCGGCCCAUCUCUGACUUCAGCCUCCCACCCGGCGGCGUCGACGCCGCCUUCUCCUGGGCGCACAAUGACAGGACUUAUUUCUUUAAGGGACAGCGGUACUGGCGCUACGAUGACCACACGCGGCGCAUGGACCCCGGCUACCCCGCCCAGAGCCCCCUGUGGAGGGGCGUCCCCAGCAUACUGGACGACGCCAUGCGCUGGUCCGACGGCGCCUCCUACUUCUUCCGUGGUCCCGAGUACUGGAAAGUGCUGGACGGCGAGCUGGAGGCAGCACCCGGGUACCCGCAGUCCACGGCCCGGGACUGGCUGGUCUGCGGAGAGCCCCAGGACGAGGACACUGAGGCAGUAGGCGUGGACAGGGCCGCACGGCCCGGACAGCAUGGCCAGAGCCGCUCAGGGGACAGCUACGAGGUCUGCUCCUGCACCUCCCAUGCCCCACCUCUUCGGGCAGCUGCCACGCUGCUGCUGCUGCCCAGCGUGCUGUGGACAGCAGCCAGGUCCUGAUACGACGGCCAGUGGCACAGCCUCUGAAGGGACAGAGGAGCCAGGACAACUGGGACCACGGAGGGCAAGGGCCGGCGCCGCUGCCCCUGCAGUACCCGGAGCCAGAGCCCUGCAGCCUGGCCUUGCAGAGGAGGGAAGAGGCCAGCAGAGGGCACUGCCCAUGGCCCAGCACCCCGGCCCUUCCUGCUGCCUGCACCUUUGGGGCCCUGGCUGCUAGCUGUGGGCUGGGGAGGUGGCCAGGCUGGGCCACGAAGCUGCCCUGCCACCCAGCAAGUGAUCAGGUCCUGCAAAACUUGACUGACAAGCAGACGGCUGUCCACCCUGAGCAGGUGCUCAGUAAGCCACGGCUGCCCCAGCCUCUCCUGGCCUGGAGGAGCAGCCUAGCCGGGGGCCAGGACCCCCUUCCCUUCUGCGCUGCCCACCCCCGCGUGUGCACAUUGCUGCCCUGGUGCCCCACCCAGCUGUGGGGCUUUGUCCCCAGUGGGCCCACGGCCCCAACACAGACCAGCCUCUUGUGCCGCAUUUCAGACAAACAUGACCCCCCUCCCCCGCUUCAUAAGGCUGAGCUCGGCUCCCUGAGGGGCUCCGUGGCCC